UCUCUCUCUCUCUCUCUCUCUCUCUCUCUCUCUCUCUCUCUCUCUCUAUCAUUUGUUUGGUCUACCAAAAAGUGCUAUACUGCAUAUAUAUUAUACUUACCAAGAAAAAUGGAAGGAGGAGAGAGUAGUAACAAUCAAUAUAAAAAAGGGCUGUGGACACUGGAAGAGGACAAGAUUCUGGUGGAUUACAUAAGAGUUCAUGGCAAAGGGAAGUGGAAUCGCGUGCCAAAAGUGACAGGACUGAGGAGAUGUGGCAAAAGCUGCAGAUUGAGAUGGGUGAACUAUCUAAGUCCUAGUAUUAAGCAUGACAAUUUCUCCGAGCAAGAAGAAGACCUUAUCAUUCGUCUUCAUAAUCUGCUCGGCAAUAGGUGGUCAUUAAUUGCGGGUCGGGUUCCAGGAAGAACAGACAAUCAAGUGAAGAACUAUUGGAACACUUAUUUGAGCAAAAGACUUGGGUUCAAGAAAGUAAAGUGCAAAGUUAGUGCUCCUACCUCAAGCCUCUCGAGAGAAUUGAGUGGUUCGGAUAGGGCGUCAAGUUUGGAUCAUUAUGAGCCAACCCUUGGUUGUAAUGAUGGGAGGACAAGCCACAAUGCUGCCGACGCUGGCUCUGAGACUAUAAUGGAGCCUACUGACGCGCAAGAGAUGUCAGUAACUGAUUGGGACGAGAAUUAUUUCUUGUUCUUAAAUGAUUAUCCAUAUUUUCGUAGCCCUAGUUUAAUGGAAGUCCCAUAUGAGUCUUUCGAUGUUGUUUGGCGUGAUUUUUAAAUUCUUGUUCUACAUCUCUAAAACACAUAAAUAAACGGUUCUUUUUAUU